AUGGCUCCGGUCACACGCGCGGCCCUUUCUCCUACCACUCCCCAGAAGGCUUUCAGCAAUGUACCCUCUACUACCCCCACAGGUAGAAAGCUACCCCAUUGCAGCGUUUGUAAAAAACCUCGCAAGGGUCACACUCUCCGUCGUUGCGCAGAUCCGCUCCCUGCGGAUGAUGCGCAGAUCACUUGCACCACCGAUCUUCUUGCGAGUGCCCUCGGUUCGCUGCACCUUAGUUCAGAGGCGGGAGGUGUUUCCGCCACACCCGUGUCCUCCGCAGCUGCGCCCCUCGACGGCCCUGCGCCCCUCGACGGCCCUGCGCCCCUCGACGACCCUGCGCCCCUCGAGAACCCCUCUGCGCAAGCGAAGUUACGCAGGAGUCGACGAUGCAUCAUGCCUGGAACUCUGCUAGAGUCCACAAGCAAUUUCAUUUUGACGGAACUGCCCAGCCCCGUGUCUUCCUCAACCCAAUCCAUGGAGAUCUGCGGCAUUGAUCAGUCCGAGGAGUCUUCUAAGCCUCUCCCAAAGUCGUCAGCUUUCAUUCCACAGCCUACGACUCACGCAUCACACCCUGCCUUGCGCUCCGUGAGCAUGGGCGCCCGAGAAGGCUUCCUCGAAGACCUCGACGAUAUUUCUACCCAUUCACCGGUAUCCAUCUAUGUCGUUUCUGCAGCAAACGUGGAGCAGCUGCGACCGUCCGCGACGGAGGUCGGGUUUCAUACUGCCGCUGUCGUGCCAGGCGGCGGGAUGCAGAAGGAUGAAGCUCUGCUGGUCAUUGGUGUGGAGGGUGCCGCGGUCGAAAAUGUCCGUGCAAGACUGGUGAAGGGAACGGCCACUGCGGCCAAACGCAGUGAUGGCUAUGGGCUAGCACGGGCCGCGGGGGGCGCAUUAGUUGGUGCGGCAGCUGUAUUGGCAGGGUUGGCUCUGUGA